AAUAUAGAUACGAGAAAGCGAGGGAAAAUAUUGGGGGAAACAACAUUCGGAUACUGGCUAAUUUUCGAUAUUAUUGUAAAAGACCCCUGAGUACGUCGUGUAACUUAACGUUAGCCUAAAGAAUUUAGGGGGUUGUGAUACGACAUGAUAUGUGGUUUCGAUCCGAUACCAUGUAAUACAGGGCCUUGAUCACUCUAGAACUGCUCAUAAUAUUACAGAUAUUUUCAGUGUAUUAUACUUACUAUCGUCGAUUAAACUUGUCAGGUUCGAGGUAGGUUGUUUGAGUGCACACAACACCACAACAGCAGUGAAACUGUUGAAACCAGUACCUGCAUAACCUGUCUCAGGGGACGAAGCAUUUGUAGUCAGGGCCCCGAGGCUCUGGAAUAGCCUGCCCGAGGAAAUCAGAGGCUGAGCGGCAGCGUUACGCAUUGGGUCGUCUGGUCUGCAAACAAGAGAAGAAGACGGAAGGGAGUAGAAGAACCGUUGUAUCCUGUACAAAGCAGCGGCAUAACGUUAGUGCCAUACUGUCUGGCAGCAUCUUGGUGGUGGAUUCUGCAGCAUGGCAGAGGCAGACCGACCAGGGAAGCUCUUCAUCGGUGGGCUGAACACCGAGACCACCGAGAAGGCCCUGGAGCAGUACUUCAGCAAAUACGGCAGGAUUGUCGAAGUUCUUUUGAUGAAGGACCGUGAAACAAACAAAUCAAGAGGCUUCGCUUUUGUUACUUUUGAAAGUCCUGCUGAUGCAAAGGAUGCAGCACGCGAGAUGAAUGGAAAGUCUCUUGAUGGCAAGCCUAUCAAAGUUGAGCAAGCUACAAAGCCUCAGUUUGAGAGUGCUGGCAGGCGGGGACCUCCACCCAUGCACUCCCGCAGUCGAGGUCCACCCAGAGGCCCCCGUGGUUCCAGGGGAGGUCCUGGUGGUAUGAGGGGCCCACCAUCCAGAGACUACUAUGAUAAUUCAGGGAAUGCAGAACCCUUCUUCAAAGGAAUGUCCUCCAGAGGCCCCCCUCCAUUGAAGAGAGGACCUCCAGUUCGCAAUGGAGGUCCCCCUUCCAAGAGGUCUGCCCCAUCUGGUCCAAUGAGCAGACGUAAGUCCCCCAUGUCAAGGGACAGGGAUCCCUAUGGUCCACCUCCUCCUCGCAGAGACUCCAUGAUGUCCAGGAGGGAUGAUUAUCCAUCACCAAGAGAUGAGCAUUACAACUCAAAGGAUAGCUACUCCAGCCGGGAUUAUAAUUCCAGAGAUUCGAGGGACUAUGGACCUCCUCCUAGAGAUUAUUCGUACAGGGAAUACUCCAAUUCCAGUUCCCGAGAUGACUAUAGCUCAGUGUCAAGAGGAUACAGUGACCGUGAUGGUUAUGGGGGAGGCCGGGAACCCAGAAGCUAUAUGGACCGUCCAAGUGGUGGCUCCUACAGAGAUUCAUAUGAUGGUUACGGUAACUCUCGCAGCGCCCCACCUUCACGGGGCCCCCCACCAUCCUAUGGUGGGAGCAGUGGAAGCAGUCGUUAUGAUGACUAUGGCAGCAGUUCCCGGGAUGGCUAUGGCAGUCGUGACAGUUACCCCAGCAGUCGGAGUGACCCAUAUCCACCUAGCCGUGGUGAGCGAUUGGGCAGGCAGGAGAGGGGCCCAGCUCCCCCUGUUGAGAGAGGCUACCCUCCUCGUGAUUCAUACAGCAGCUCAAGUCGUGGAGGGCCACGCGGUGGCCGCGGUGGCAACCGACCCGAUAGAGGAAUGGCUCGCAGCAGAUACUGAACUGGACUUGGAGAUCACAUUAAAGCAUACGUUCUCGGUGCACAGUUAACAGUUGUUUUGGAAAUCUGACCACAAAGACAAACCAGCCAUGUCUAACUCUGUGGAAUAUGAAGCUUAGCUUUCAACUGUACCUUGACUUUCCCAGUUUUUUUAAUGUGUAAAAGUUAUUUGUUUAUUUUUAUUUUUUUUUAGUAUUUCCCUUGCUCAUGUAACAGUACAGUUACCAAGUGAGUGUUAGUUUUUGUAAAUUCAGUGCUGUUGGAAUCUGCAAUACCGUAAAAGUCUGGCUACUCUAAUAAAGCUUUUAGUUGUACCUUGA